AUGUCGCUAUACAUGACAAACCUAAUUAGCAGGCGGCUGUACGAAGCAGCACACAAUGGGGACGUAAACCCCUUGCAAGACAUCAGCGACCGAUACCCAUUGCUCCUUAUGGGCGGCACCCUCUUGGACGACCCAUACGACCUUCUCCCUGAGCCCCCACUUCAAGUGGCUGCCUCUUUUGGGCACUUUGAUUUUGUGGUGAGGGUGUUGGAAUUGGAGCCUGCAUCAGCCCACCACUCCGACCGCCAAGGCUUGUCGGCUCUGCACAUGGCGGCUGCCAAUGGGCAUCUCAAUAUCAUUACGCACUUGCUUCAAUUUGAUUCGGAACUCUGCUUUCUGUGCAGUAAUGAUGGCAGAAAUCCUAUGCAUUUUGCGGCUAUGAAUGGGCGGCUGCAGGCCUUGCGGCUGCUGGUCGGAGGGAUUGAGGGUAGAUAUGAUGUUAAGACCUUUCUCAAUGCUAAGGAUGAUCUUGGCUUCACUCUCCUCCAUCUUGCCGUUUAUAAUCAACAUCUUGAGAUAGUUCAAUACUUACUCGGGUUAGAAAUCGAGGUGAAUGCUUUAAGUUCAAAGGGGCUCACACCACUAGACCUGUUGAUAGAUUGUCCCAUGGUGUAUCCAAAGAGAGUGAGGACGGCCAAUUUCCUCCGUGGCCAUGGAGCCGUCCGCUCAUCGGCGCUAAGUUCGACAACCUCCCAGGAGAUUUGGGCGAGAAAGAAGGACACUUUAAUGGUGGUGGCAUCCCUCAUCGCCACCAUGGCCUUCCAAGCCGUCAUCAACCCUCCCGGCGGCGUCUGGCAAGAGGAUGGUGCCCACAUCAACAACAGCUCGGUCGUCUCCAGUCCUCAAGUAGCUGGAAAAUCGGUAAUGGCAGCAAAAAGCCCAAAACUUUACGUGUUCUUCAUAACGUUUGCGUCGUGGGCGUUCAUAUUCUCGCUAAUGGAGCUGCUCCUGCACGUCAGCAACCGCGUCUCCAACAGCGGCAUGGUUUCUGAGGCCUUGAUUGUUUACGCUAAAUACAUGUCCACCCUCUCGCUGCUCGCCACUUAUUCGAUAUCGGCCGCGUUUUUGACCGCCUUGUCUGGCCAAGAUGCUGCCGGCUUCACCUUCUUGAUGUCCAUCACCGCCAUCUUCGUCCUCCUCUAUCUGUUCUUUGUUUUGCGAUAUGGCUUCCGUAAAAGGCCUUCCCCUUUGAAAAAGCCCAUUACUUUUCCUCCCCCUAUUCCUCCACAAUCAUAG